UCGGAGUCUCGCGAGAUGCGGAGAAGCGGGCGGGAAAGGCGCCCGCGUUGGCGCCGCGAGCCGCCAUUUUGUGUCGGUCUCUCUCUCUCUCUCUCGAGGUUAGCAAACAUGACCAAAAAGCAAGUUGCAGCUGCAGUAGCCCUGUUGGUGGUCGUGCAAAUCGUAUUGACGAUAUACAAUCACCUGCUUAUAAACUGGUCCACCAGCACGCUGAAGAUAACUGGGGAGAGUGGCACAAUAAUGCUGAUCACUAGACAUAUCUCGCAUCCUCACAAGGGUGGUAAAUGUUUCAUACUGGAAAGAAGAAAAUUCCUUGAUGAGCUUCCAUACCUGCAGAACUACAAAUGUCAGAUUUUGUUAGUGCCUUACGACCUGUGUCACGUAUCCAAUGGACAACGGCUAAUAUUGUUGGCUCUCAAAUCUCAUUCUUCAGGGUUUGACAGGCGCCGCUUACUGCGGGAUACUUGGGUGAACGAUUUAACCAAACCUGACGUGGUGGUACGUCACGUAUUCCUCUUGGCUCAUGUGGAAGAAAAAGGCAUCAUGGAUCUCGUGAAGUUGGAGUCCAACUCUUUCCGAGAUCUAAUUGUGUGGAACUUUACCGAGAAUCAACACCACUUGCCACUGAAGGAGCGUUGCUUUCUGGAGUACCUUUCACACAGCUGCUCAGCUGCCUCAAUGGUCUUCAAAGGGGAUGAUGAUAUUUUUGUAAACCUACCAAACCUUUUCACGUACCUGGAGCAGAACCGAGAUGAGUCCAAGCCAAUGAUGUAUGGAUAUAUUCACUGGAACGAUCCUGUCCUCAGGUUUGGUAAAUAUAGUGUGAAUAGAACUUUGUAUUUGGGUAACCAUUACCCACCGUUUGCGGCUGGGGGUGCCUUCAUCAUGACAAGUAGUUCCGUGAAGAGAUUGUACGAAGCGUCCCUUAUAGUCCCAGUCUUCCCACUAGAUGACGUCUACCUGGGGUUCCUCGCCUUUGCUGGAGGCGUGGAGAUGAAGCACGACGAUCGCUUUGACGUGUUUGGAUAUUUGAAGAAGGAUGUGCUCACCGUUAAGAAACUAUUGGCAAAACAUGGAUUAAAAGAAGAAGAAAUUGCAAAUUUGUGGUCAUUGAUUUGAUUUGAAUUGUUUUGCGUACCAACGUUUUGGAGAUAAUGUUCACUUGUUGAAAAUCUAAACCGCACUUGGUGAUGAGGCUCUAUUGACCUCAACAUUUUGAACAAGGUAAAAAAGUUGUUGCUAGGUUUAUAUGUGAUAGUUUUUGUGAAUCGUUGUGUUAGGUUCCUGGAUCGUACAUCAUUCUUAGGCCAAUAAGAUGGACAAGCAAUGUGUUCCCAUGGCUCUUCCAAUUCUUCUCUGGAAUGGGAGCUAGUAGUCGUAUGAUAAUGUCAGGAGUUAACUUGCUCUCUGAUUUCACAGCCUAAAAUAAGAAUUACGUGAAGAUAUCUGACACAAAUAAUACUUUAAAUCUUUUUUAAAGUUGUACAGUAGAGUACAUUACAGUACUGACCAUGCUAUCAUUAUCUUGAUAUGAUUCUUUUGACAAAGUUAUACUGUUGUUGUUUUUUCAAUGUGUGAAUUCAAACAGGCUUCCACAUCCAUUCAAUAACAGAUAAACUUUAGCAAUAUUGUUCCAUUGUUUCUUUAUAAUUGAAUGAAGGUAGACAUUAUUCUGCAGUCCCCAAAUUGAAUAUUGUCAUCCUGUUCAUUAAUUCUUCAUAGUACAGGAUAUCAAAUACAAGAGAAUCCCGUUAUUAAGUACCUUGUUGGAUUUACUUAUAAAACAUGUCACCAUUGGACACUUCUGGUUUCUGAUGCAGAUCAGCUGGCUUCCUGCAUGUGCAUACAGUGUGCUGGAAGUCAUAAAGACAGCUGAGUGAACGUUUCUAACUUUAGAAACACUGGUGAGAGCAGUCACAGCUGACCAAACCCUUUCUCGUGCGCGGAUGCAUGUACAGGAAGCCACCAGUGAUAACGAGAGUUGACCUGGAAGCGGGACUGGUGGCCAUGUUUAUUUCACAGACCUGUUGUAACACAGCAUCUAAUGUUUGGGACCCCAAACAGCCCGUUGUAAUGGCAUAGUCCUGUACCUUCCUGACAAUUGCUCACAUUAAAAUUUGGAGAGACCAUUUUUUUGCCAAUUUAGAAACAUCUUCACUGACCCGAGCCCAGCUCACAACGUUUAUCUAACAAAUUAUGGCCUCACGAUUGGACUUCACCAUGGAUCACCAAACCUAGUGAAAGUCCAGCAUAAAGGAUGUAUUUUCCAUUUGAAAAUGUUGAAAACUGUUUUUGUUGAUGUUAUCAGUGACAAAGCAAUGAGAAUGUACUGUCAGUUUCGCGACUGGUUCGAUUUACGGACAGUUGUUAAGUUUCUUCAUGAAGUUUGGCUUGAAAGUUGUUUCCCUGGUUAAGAGAUAAAAAAUACCGAUCGUUCAUUUCUUAUAGCUUCCUGAUUUGAAAUGUUAGAACAUCAAAAUAAAACUGUUGGCUAUUAAGGUGC